AUGAGCUGGGUCAGGAUAUGUAGGGACUUCCAGGAGCAGUGGACGGCGAUGCAGGACGGAGAAGCAGGAUGGGGAACGGGGAUUCUCUUUCCUCCCGAAAACUCGAAGUCUGGCCUUAAAAGAUGCUCAGGGCCUUGCUUCUCCCCUUCUUCCACCUCAACACAACACCACCUAUUUCUCUGCCCGCCACGGUCGCUUUUCACUUCCUCUGUACCUUGUUGGCCCUCUGGGUGUUGGUUGUCGCCUAUAAGUAUCGACGUGUUGUUUACCAAAACUGCCAGCCCAGGAUCGUCGUUCUUCGUUGAAAUGGCAAGGUACUGUGGGGAGGUUUUAACCAUCGACUCGCUCUCUUCACCUUCGGGCUACAUGGAAUACUCGAAAACAGAAGAUUUUCGCCCUAACAUCUCCUUUGUGUACAACGCGGACAAAGUCGAAACUGUUAGCACGAUCGAUUUUGAUACUUUCAGCGUUUCAAUAGUUGAGUCGGAGGUUCAGGAAGAAAAAGGCUUUUACAGACGGGCCUGUGCUGCAAUUUUGAAGAAAUUAGCUGGUUUUGCCAGCUACGUCCUCUGCUUCCACCUGUUUACUUGGUGCUCUGGCUCCACGUAG